AUGUCACAGCUGGAGGCAAAGGAAGGCUACGUCACGGCAGUGGAUGAGCUGGUGGCGUCGAAAGGCGCAGCCCCAUCGUCUUCAGAGGCAGAAGCAGGGGAGGACGAUACGUCGUCGUCGGCGUCAUCAAAGAGCAGCGCCCUUGGUCCUGUGAUGAGCAUCAUGGCAAACGCAGCCGCGGAGUAA